ACAUACAUGCAAAUGGAUGGUAAAGCUAGUGCUGCACAUAAUUACCUGGAACACAUGCUAUUUGAUGGAAGUGUAAAGCCAACAAAGCUGCCAUUAUCGCUACUGGAAGCCAUCACAAAUAAUUUCUCUGAUGACCACGAGAUAGGCAGAGGUGGGUUUGCAGUGGUUCACAAGGGAACGAUAGUAAAUGGUAUGAUUGCUGUGAAGAAGUUGUAUAACACACUUGAUAUGCAUGAGAAGAAAUUCAUCCAAGAGGUGCAAUGUCUCAUGAAGGUGAGGCAUAAGAACAUAGUGCGAUUUCUGGGAUAUUGUGCUGACACACAAGGAGAAAUGACAGACUAUGAGGGGAAGUCUGUCUUGGCAGAAGUACGAAACAGGUUGCUCUGCUUUGAGUUUGUACCUAAUGAGAGUCUCUGUGAGCAUAUAACUGAUGCAUCUUGUGGACUCGAAUGGAGAGUGCGCUAUCAAUUGAUCAAGGGAAUAUGCGAAGGUUUACACUAUCUUCAUGAGAAUCAUAUUGUCCACUUAGAUCUCAAGCCUGGUAAUAUAUUGCUAGAUAAUAACAUGGUGCCAAAAAUUGCUGAUUUUGGUCUCUCAAGGUGCUUUGAUGAAAACCAAAGCAGGGAUAUUACUUCAAAAGUGAUUGGAUCAAUGGGAUAUAUAGCACCAGAAUUCUACAAUGGGCAAAUCACAUUCAAGCUAGACAUGUAUAGUCUUGGUGUUAUAGUUAUGGAAAUAUUGACAGGACAGAAGGGGUAUUCCACGGUCCUUAAAGUACUUGAGAGUUGGAGGAAUAGGUUGGAGAUACCACAGCGAGAGACAUCUUUACAUCAAGUACGAUCAUGUGUUGAGAUAGGAAUAAUGUGCAUCGACGCUGACCCAGAGAAAAGACCUGCCACGCAGUAUAUAAUGGAUAAGCUAAAGGAGCUAGAAAACAGUUAUGAAUUCAGUGAAGAUGCCCUUUCAGUUAAUGGCUUGGAGAAGGACUCCCAUCAGAAGGAUGGUGUGGCGGCCAACAAACAGCCUACGAUGGUGAAUGGCACAAACAAGAACGGAAUCCACUACUACAUAUCACCAACGCCGCCUCAUGUAGUGAGCACCCAUGAGAUUCUUGGAGCGCGUGAGAGACAAAUCCAACAAGCGGACAACAGAUCUAAGAAGCAGUAUGAAGAGUCCAUCUUGACAAAGCAAAGUGAAAGCACAAUGAAAUCAGCGAUUGGAGGCAAGCUCCGGCACAUGUACAAGUCAAUGGUGGAUAUGCCAAAUGGAGUCCAGGGGGAGCUUGUGGUGGCAGGGUGGCGGACAUUGCUCACGGCGAUGGCGGAAGAGGUGGUUCAUGGGUGGCAGUCUCCGGAGCCGAAGGUGGUUCAUGGGUGGCAGCCUCCAGCGGCGAGGCUACGUUGA